AUGUUUGCCCCUGGCUCUGGUCUGACAUCAGAGCAGGGCUGGCAAGCAACAGGGACAACGGGAAGCCUCCAGAACCUGAAGAAAUUUAAUAACCAGGACUUCAACCGCCUGCGAGCCUCAUGUUUGAGCCAAGGACUGCUUUUUGAGGAUGCCACCUUCCCUGCUCAUGUCAGCUCCAUCGGUCCCAACCUACUCCCAGAGGAUAAGCUGUGGCAAAUACAAUGGAAGAGGCCAACAGAACUGCAGAGAAAUCCUCGUUUGAUCAUAGAUGGAGUUAGCAGAUUUGAUAUCAUGCAAGGAGAAAUAGGUGACUGCUGGAUGCUGGCUGCCCUGGGCUCCCUGACACUGCAGAAGCAAUUCUUGGGAAAUGUUUUACCAAGGGAUCAAGGAUUCCAGAAUGAUUAUGCUGGGAUUUUUCAUUUCCGGUUCUGGCAAUAUGGAGACUGGGUGGAUGUAGUAAUAGAUGAUCGGCUGCCAUUCCUAAAUGGAAGAUACCUGUCUGUGCACCCUCGAACGUCAAAUGAAUUCUGGCCAUCCUUGCUGGAAAAAGCAUAUGCCAAGUUGCAGGGUUCCUACCAACACUUGCAUGGAGGCUACCCUUCUGAUGCUUUAGUAGACUUCACAGGUGGAGUCCAAGUACAGUUUUCCUUAAAGGAUCCUCCUCCUGAUCUGGAUGAGAUACUGAAGGCAGCUGACAAAUCUCAUUGUCUGAUGGGGUGUAGCACCUCAGGCCAGCUGAGGAACAUAGAGCUGAAGAAUGGGAUUGUCCAGGGUCAUGCCUAUACUGUCACUGGAGCUGAGAAGAUAUGCUACAAGAAUAGCUGGAUACAUAUCAUCAGGAUCUGGAAUCCAUGGGGCCGUGGGGAGUGGAAGGGGGCUUGGAGCGAUAACUCUCCUCAGUGGGACCAUGUUGAGCCUAAAUACAGAGAAGCCCUCCUCAGAAAUAAGGAUGAUGGAGAAUUCUGGAUGUCCUGUGAAAACUUCCAGGAGCAGUUUUCCUGGCUCUAUAUAUGUAACAGCACUCCAACAUUUCUGGACUUUGGAGACCAGCACCGCACAACGUGGUCCAUGGAGAAGCACAUCAACCUGUGGAGACCAGUCCUGGACACUGGCAGGAGUAACUAUUCUACAGGUGCAGUUUCAAUGAACCCUCAGUAUUUUUUCAAAGUGAUGGAUUAUGAACCAAACACCUAUAAUGUAGUAAUUUCAAUCAUGCAAAAACAUGCUGAGGAUACGCAGAAUGCAAAAAACCUGAAGAUUGGCUUUUUGAUCACCAUGGUCCUGAAGGGCAAGGCCAAACAGACCAUCACUAGAGGCACCAGGAUUACUGUGGAGCACCUGGAGAACUCCAAAGUUCUGAAACAAACUUUUGCCUUGACUCGAGACGUGACCACCUACUUUAUCCUGAGCCCAGGAACAUACGCUGUUGUUCCUGCUGCAGCAGAGGACCAACAGUUUGAAUUCCUCUUAAGAAUUUUCAUGAAGAAUCAAGACAACUAUGAGAACUCAAGCUCCCCACCCAGCCCAGUGCUGCCAAUGGGCUCAGAUAUCGAUGCCUCGCAGCUGCAAGAACUCCUUAAUGAAGUGAUCCUACAAGAUGAAAUGACCAGCCUGGGAGGAGGAUUCAGCUUCGAUUCAUGCAGAGGCAUUUUAGCUCUGAUGGAUCUCAACUCGAACGGCCGACUCACGCUGCAGGAGUUCGGGAGCCUCUGGCGAAAUCUCACUAAGUACAUGGAUAUCUUCAGCAAGGAAGACAGAAAUCAUUCUGGGUUUCUUGAUGUGUUUGAACUGAAGAGUGCAAUACAGGCAGCAGGUCUGUCCGCUAACGAUCAGCUCCUGCGCCUGAUGACCUUGCGGUACGGAGAUGCUGCCAGGAGAAUCGGCUUCUCUGACUUUGUGUGCUGCAUGCUGCGCCUUGAAACCAUGACCU